AUGACAACUACGACGGCACAAAAAGCAGAACCAGCGUUAUCCAUAGAUCCGGAAGCGGCAAUUUUUCUUCCGAAUGGUGGCAGAUCAGAACAUAUGCUUGUCAAUAUAAGUGACAAACGACUUGCUGUUAAAGUACGUUGUAGCGAUAAUAGCUUGUUUAGAGUAAGCCCAGUUUACAUGUUCAUAGAGCCUGGUUCAUGUGGUAAUCUCGUGAUAACAAGGCUACCUGGUCCAGCAAAAUCUGAUAAAUUAGUAUUUCAUUAUCUCAUUUGUGAGCCAAAUGAUUUGGAACCUAAAGAAGUAUUUAAAAUAAAUUCGCAAAAGUCACCAGAAAUGCUGAAAUUGCCAAUAAAAAUUAUUUCUGCUGAAGAUGUUCCUAAGAUUGGACAGUCACCAACAUCGAUAAGUCAACGAGAACCUUAA